CCCAUAUUAGCCACCGGGGGCCGGGGCCUGGAAGCCUUAGCCCUCGCUCGCCGGGCGUCUCCGUCACGAACAAGCGCCGCCGCCGCCGCCGCCGCUCGCCGGUGCUACGGAAGACGCGGCCGCUUCUUAUUCGGAGGCGGCGAGGAGAGGGAGAGGGGCUUCAUCUGCUGCUGCUUCGGCUAGGAGCCUAGGACGCCAUGGCUUCCUCUCCGACGACAGAUGGAUUAACUGAGUCAGUGGCCAAAAGGAAGGGCUCUCCUUGCCAACAAGAUGAUGAUUGCCAAGAUGACAAACGAAUAAGAUCAGGUGCAGACCUUCUAGAGGACAUUUUUUGGUACAUUCAUUCCUUAAUGCCACUUCGAGAUGCUGCUCGUGCUGCUUGUGUGUCUCAUUCAUUUUUACGAUCUUGGAGAUGCUAUCCCUACCUUAUGUUCAGUGAGGAGCUACUCCGAUUGCAGGAGAGUGCAUUUAGUGAUGAUGAGAGAACGAGAAAUCUCAUCAGCAAAGUUAACCACAUUUUACAAAAUCACUCAGGCAUUGGCGUGAAGAAACUAGAGCUUGUUUUCUUGGAUAGUACUGAUGUGGACUUAAGUUAUAUUGACAGUUGGCUUCACAAGGCUGUCACACGAGGGAUUGAAGAACUCACCCUGAUACUGCCUAUAAACAGCAAUGCAGAAUACAGCUUCCCAUGUUCGCUUUUAUCUGAUGGUAAUGGUAACUCGAUUCAGUAUCUUCAUCUCUCUCGCUGUGCCAUCCGCCCCACUGCUGAUCUUGGUUGCCUGAGAACAUUGACAACGUUGCAUCUAUAUUCCGUGCGAAUCACUGGGUUUGAGCUAGAGUACCUUCUUUCCAAUUCACCCGCAUUGGAGUGGUUGAUAAUGAUGGAUUGUAAAGAGAUAGUUCAGUUGAAGAUACCAAGUUGCUGAAGCGGCUCCAUACUCUUUUUGUGAGUAGAUGUCAAAUGCUGAAAGUGGUAGAGAGCUAUGCUCCAAAUAUCGCCACCUUUCACUUCCGGGGUCAUGUUCAUGCAGUGCGAAUGUUGGGUUUACUGCAAGUAAAAGACCUUGAGAUGUCAUGUUCAGAUCACUCUAGCAUUCUCUGCUAUGCUCUCACCAAUCUUUUGUCUAUUGUCCCAAAUGUUGAAAAACUUAGAAUAUCAUCACAAACACAGAUUGUCAGUACACAAACUGUACCAGGGAAAUAUCUUCGCCUCAAGCACUUGCAUAUAUCUCUUAACAGGUCCCCAAACUUUGAUUAUCUUUCUCUUGUUUCUUUUCUCGAUGCCUCUCCUUCACUCGAGACUUUCAUCUUGCAUAUAUGGGACAUAUACAUACCACUGGGUCAUAUGGGGCAUCCUUGGACUCUUGGAGACUCUGAACAGCUGAGGCAGAUGCCAGGACACCGCCAUGACAGUCUCAAGAAAUUCGAGGUCGUCGGUUCCUGCUACGCGAAGGGCUUGGUCGAGCUAACAUGUCAUAUCCUUGAGACGACAUCGUCGCUCGAUCGUAUUAAACUCGACACCUGUGGUUAUGUUGGGCUUUGUGCUUCCGGCAGUGGCAGAUGUUACCCACAUUAUACAGAACAAAUCAUGGAGGCCUGUAAUUCAGUCUUGGCUAUCAGGACAUACAUCAUGGGGAAAGUUCCACCUACAGUGAAGUUUGAACUUGUUGAGCCUUGCAGCCGUUGCCCUGUACAGUAGAUGCUAAGUUAUUACCGGUUACCAUGCCCAUAUGUUUUUUUUAACCAUUUUUUUAAAACCCUACGGAUUGCCGACAUAACUUGUUGAGAAAGGAUCAUUGCAUCCUAGUCAAUAUCUUUAAUAUAUUUAUUCACCCAUAAAUUACUCCAGCACUUGUUGAGCAAUUGUUGUACAGGUUACAUAUUUGUUGUACAGAUCUCUAGUCUUAAAAUAAGACAUCACUGAAAAACUUUACCUCUGAGCAAUGGACUGAGCAACUGUUGGACAGCUA